CGACCGAACGUCUCGAAUAAACAUACUGCUUAGUUCGAGCAUCAAUCAGGCUUUGAUCAAAUCCAGAGACUAAAACACCACACAAAACAGUCUCAAUGGAGAAUAGCAUAUCGGAACUUGUGGAGAGGUUAGGGAGCGAUGAAGAUGGAGUACGCAAAAUGGCAGUUUUCAAGCUGCAGAGCAGCAUUGGCGACCCUUCUUUCGCCGAUAUAUUCAUUGCGGAAGGCGGACUUGUCAGGCUACGCUAUCUGAUCUUACAUGCAACUGGUAACACAUUGGCAUAUAGCCUGACAAGCUUCGCAAGACUACUAGAAGUCGAUAAGGGCUGGGAUUUCGUAGACCAGGAAGUGGUCGAAAGAGUUGUUGAGCUCAUUGUGACACACCCCCUUGUCAAUAUCUUAAGGGGCGCUAUGUCUAUACUGGUGUCCAUAGUGUCACACCCGCACGCAGGCGAUGAUAUUAUGCAGACUGGAAGCUUCGGAUCUCGCGCGCUAAAGCCUGCAAUUGCCAUCUAUCCGCAGUUCCUGGAGAUGCUUGUCAGCAGACUAUCCUCCGCAGACCAUGCGCUUUGCGCCAAUGCAUUGCAACUGAUUAAUUCACUCAUGCGUGACUCCGUCACAAACGAUACAGAUUUAGAAUGGCCAAAAUUCAUUCAAAGGCUACAGGACAUGGGAGUCAUACGGGCAGUAUACUCCCUGAUGCAAGGAAGUGCCAUGCAGGACCACAUACAUCCACUGAUCGAGUUCCAAUAUCUUACCAAGGUUCUUUUGCGGAAAUGGCGAGAUAUUGCACUGGAUUUGGAGAAGCCAGAACAUAGAAGAGCGUUGAAGGGGAUUUACGUGGCUAGUUCUUUGGAACGAAGUCGUGACAAGGGCGCUGAAACCGGGGAGGAUGUUCGUCGAUCUAAACGCCAUGACCCAGAAAAGUGGCGGCGACUUGGCUUCGAAACCGAAAGUCCAGUGAUGCAAUUUGAAUGUACAGGCUUCCUGGGACUCAUGGACUUGGCAGAUUAUGUCAAAAACAAUCAAGAUGAAUUCCAGAAAAUCAUACUGGAGCAAUCGACAAGGCCAGCAGAUCAACGUUGUCCAAUUGCUCGUGCUUCGUUGUCCGUCACCUGUAUUCUCUACGAUUACUUUGAGGUCGACAGAUCAGAAAUAGAAGAUAUCAAAACAUCCUUGCUGAUAGAUUCUCGCUUGAAUGUUGAAAGUCUAUUUCAGCCUCUACUGUUACACUGGACGCGAUUGCAUGUCGCUGGGCUGCAUGCGUUCUUCCGUCUGUGGAAAACCACGGGUGCCGAGAUUGAAGAUUAUGAUAAGAUCGUGGAGCUCGUUCGUGUGCUUCUUGAAUCGAUCGUCGGUAGGGCGCCUCGCACCAAGGAUGUGCAAGAUGUGGAGGAAGACAUAAUCAAUUUUGACUACAGGCGCCUUCGUGAGUUACAGAUGGAACUAAUGGAGCUUACGUACGAAGAUGCUUGGGGGCAACAUCUACGAACUAUGCGCGGAGAGCUAUACCACGAGGCCCUUCAAUUUGUGAAAGAGCAGCGCAUAAGAUCUCUGCUUCGAGGCGGUUGGUUUCCGAACGAAGACGAUUUGGACUUGGAACUGGCAUCGAAAAAGUCCUCCUGGAGGUAUAUUCAGCUAUCGCAUAAUCGGCGAUUUCUGCACUUUGGUGACUUCGACCAUCGGCAGGAAGUAAGUCCUCAAGUAGACGUUCUACCAAAUAAAAUUGACCUCUCCAUUGUGUCUUCCGUGGUAUCCAACGUCUCGAAGCUGUCUGAUGAAUACUUCCCAUCAGCGAUGAAGACUCCGCCGCAUAACAACCCUUCUAUGAAGAUAACAAUUCAUGGCCUGCCUGAUUAUACAGCAAGGACGAAGGGCAGCACACAAGACGCCAGCCAUUAUUCUCGACAACUCAGCAAGUCUUUGCCCGGGGAGUGCAUACUGCUAAACUUGCAUCCACAGUCCCCCAGCCUAGCAUCAGAGUGGCUCGAUGGUUUACUAAUGCUACUUAACCAGCAACCUAUCACGGCAGAAACAAGCAAAUUAAUAGAACUAAUUAGCGACUAUGGGCUCAAAAUCCGUCUAUUGAACGUUCGCUUCGAUGACCUAGCACUCGUCAGUGAGACACCGGGCGUCCCUUCGCGUGAAGGCCUCGACAAUGAUUUUUAUUACGAUGUCUUUGGGGGUCCUUGAUGGGUUCGUUUACUAUAUGCAUUGACCAUACAUAUAUUAAGAAGACAUAACAUGGUCUUCUCUCUAGUAAUCCAU